GCGGCCUGACACAGAAGACCAAUGGGGAGCCGAUUCUGCGGGCUGGGGCCCGCCUUGCCUCAGCAUCCGGAGACGCGGGCAGUUCGCGUGGUCUCUGCUGUAGCUACUUCCCCCGCUGUCGCCUCAGCACCAUGGACGCCUCCAAGCAAGUGGUUAACUUUGGGCCCGGGCCUGCCAAGCUGCCACACUCGGUGUUGUUAGAGAUACAGAAGCAGCUACUAGACUACAAAGGACUUGGCAUCAGUGUUCUUGAAAUGAGUCACAGGUCAUCAGAUUUUGCCAAGAUUAUUAACAACACAGAGAAUCUUGUGAGGGAAUUACUAGAUGUUCCCAACAACUACAAGGUGAUCUUUGUACAAGGAGGUGGGUCUGGCCAGUUCAGCGCUGUCCCCUUAAAUCUGAUUGGCCUGAAAGCCGGAAGGUGUGCUGACUAUGUGGUGACGGGAGCUUGGUCAGCUAAGGCUGCAGAAGAAGCCAAGAAGUUUGGGACUGUGAAUGUCGUCCACCCUAAACUCGGAAGUUACACAAAAAUUCCAGACCCAAGCACCUGGAACCUCAACCCGGACGCCUCCUACGUGUACUUCUGUGCAAACGAGACUGUGCACGGGGUGGAGUUCGACUUCAUACCUGACGUCAAGGGAGCCGUGCUGGUCUGCGACAUGUCCUCAAACUUCUUAUCCAGGCCAGUGGACGUUUCCAAGUUUGGUGUGAUUUUUGCUGGUGCUCAAAAGAAUGUUGGCUCUGCUGGGGUGACGGUGGUGAUCGUCCGGGAUGACCUGCUGGGGUUCGCCCUCAGAGAGUGUCCUUCAGUCCUUGAAUACAAAGUGCAGGCUGGCAACAACUCUUUGUAUAACACACCUCCGUGUUUCAGCAUCUACGUCAUGGGCAUGGUCCUGGAAUGGAUCAAGAACAAUGGUGGAGCCGCAGCCAUGGAGAAGCUCAGCUCCAUCAAAUCCCAAAUGAUUUAUGAGAUAAUUGAUAAUUCUCAAGGAUUUUAUGUAUGUCCAGUGGAGCGCCAGAAUAGAAGCAGGAUGAAUAUUCCAUUUCGCAUUGGCAAUGCCAAAGGAGACGAAGCUUUAGAGAAGCGGUUUCUUGAUAAGGCGGUGGAACUCAACAUGAUCUCCUUGAAGGGGCACAGGUCAGUGGGAGGCAUCCGUGCCUCUCUGUAUAACGCUGUCACCACUGAAGAUGUUCAGAAGCUGGCUGCCUUCAUGAAGAACUUCUUGGAGAUGCAUCAGCUGUGAGCAUGACUAGCUCCAUGCUGUCUGUGAGCACCAUGCGGUGUUCAGAGUAACUUCAGAUCGGCUACAGUAACUUCACAGAUGUGGAUUUCCCCCAGUACAUGCUUAACACAGACUCUUCUUCAAAGAAUAACACCUAACAGCCAUCCAGGGCUCUGCAGAGCUGAUGGGACUCCCAGCUGAUGGCCACCUUCCAUUUGGACUUGACCUGGAAGCACUUUCAAAGCUUUCCUGUUGCUUUUCUAACGAAUCCAGCCUGGCAUCUCUGCUGCUCCCUUCCCUAGGCGGAUUGUAGUGCUAGCCUCGGACUUUGUUCUGCCGAAUUGAUUAGUUAUUUUUGGGUUCACAGGAGCAUUCCCCAAGGAGGUUGGAGUACAAUGUGCUGGAUCUGACAGCAGUGAGUUUGCUGGCUUCUGCAGCUCUUGAUUAAAGUCAACAGUGACCAUUUUGAGCAUUUUGAAUCUGUAUACUGCUAUUCUCAUAACAAGUUAGAAGUAACAUGCGCUAUGAGUGCUAAUGUAGUGGGUAUGAUUUUAAUACCAUGCGGUUUAUAUCUAUGCCAUUAUAUUUCUAACGAGACAGUUCUGUCAAUGCUUUUAGCAUUGGUUCAGCCCAUGACUUUGUGCAUGACUGUCCCCUGCUGUGGGCAGUUGCACCCUUUUACCGACUCCCUUCUAAAGCCACUUUCUCAGAAAGAUCUAGAAGUUCCACAAUUCACUUUUCUUAUCCUUGCCACAAGUAGAAGAAAUUGGUUGUUUGCUUUCUGGUUAGGCUGUUAAACAAAACUCAGUUACCCUCCCACCCCCGUGAAUUGUGUUCACAUAACUGUUUAGUAGUUUGACCAGGGCAAUAGCGUACAUUCCAGAUCUUUGCUGAGAUCUUUCCCCAUCGUUCAUAUGUUGUUAGUGUUUUCUGUUGACUAUGUGAAGAUCAUUAAAGUCCUGAAGUAUCUAAA